AUGGGCAUCUCCGGAUUACUGCCUCUUCUCAAAUCUAUCCAGAGGCCUACAGAGCUCAAGAAGUAUGCCGGCGAAACAUUCGCCGUUGACGCGUACGGAUGGCUACACCGUGGCACCAUCUCCUGCGCCGUCGAGUUGGCUCAAGGCAAGCCAACAAGGAGAUAUGUCGACUUUGCUAUGCAUCGUGUGCGCAUGAUGAAACACUUUGGAGUCACGCCUUAUCUAGUCUUUGACGGUGACUUCCUCCCCAGCAAAGCUGCAACAGAGGCGUCUCGGGCAAAACGACGCGAGGAGACUCGCAAGGCCGGACUGGAGCUGUUGAAAGCCGGCAAGCCCUCUCAGGCACACCAAGAGCUCCAAAAAUCGAUUGACGUGACCCCCGAAAUGGCCCGUCAUUUGAUCGAAGACUUGAAGGAAGCGGGCAUACCGUACGUUGUAGCGCCGUACGAAGCAGACGCCCAGAUGGUCUACCUCGAGCGCCAGGGCCUGGUCACGGGCAUCGUCUCGGAAGACUCCGACCUGCUUGUCUUUGGCGCCAAACGGCUGCUCACCAAGCUCGACCAGCACGGGGAGUGCGUGGAGAUCAACCGGCGUGACUUCUGUGCCUGUCGCGAGGUCUCCUUGACGGGCUGGACGGAUGCAGAAUUUCGACAGAUGGCCAUUCUGAGCGGUUGCGAUUAUCUGCAGGGCAUUGGCAACAUGGGGUUGAAAACAGCUUACCGCAUGAUCAGGAAGUACAAGACCCCGGAAAGGGUCAUCCGCAUGGUCCAGUUCGACGGCAAAUUCAAGGUGUCGGAGAACUACUUGGCGGCCUUCAAGCAAGCCGAGCUAACCUUUCUCCACCAACGCGUCUUCUGUCCCAAGCAACAGGAAUUGGUGCUGCUUUCCGCACCCGACUCUGGCCUCGACGUCGAAGAAAUGCCCUUCAUUGGGGCCAAGGUGCCCCCAGAACUGGCCCGCGCUGUCGCUGUUGGCGACGUCAAUCCCAUCACCAAAGAGCCCAUCGUUAUUGCUUCGAUGCCGAGGAAACGAAUGGCGAGCCAGCCAUCGGCCACACCGGCCUCCAACCAGAGUCGGCAAGCGGUCAAGCCUAUCGAUUCAUAUUUCAAGGGCCACCGCCGCAUACCGAUGGGAGAGAUGGACCCCAACUGCUUUGCGGUCGAGCCUCGUCGGGUUGCCGCCCUCACGCAGAAUGGGCUCACGCCUCGUGUGUUUCCGCUACCACGGCCAUAUCUCGAAAGCCCGACGGGCCUACAGUCGGCCAGUGUAUCACGCCCGUAUGUGACAGCUCCUACACUCCGGAGGCGCACCGAACCAAUCGGGAAUCUGUUGAAUCUCAGCCGGAUUGGAUCAAACUCGACCCGGCGAAGAACCGAAGGGUCGGCCUCGACAGCUGAUGAGAUAGGCACCGGCCUGCCCUCGAGACCGCCUAAAAAGGCACGGCUCUGCCAUGACGUCGAGGCUGAGGAGUCUGAGCGAACACAGGGGGAACGCAGUAAAUUCUUUCCCGCUCCAAAGAGCAGCACACUCAAAGCCAGAAAGCAGGAUCCUGUGAUUAUGUCUGAUGAUUCGAUCGAAGAAGCAAUGCUGAGCCUUCCGGACCUUGAUGAGUGGCAUUCCGCCAAAUCGACGAAGCCGGUGCCCAUGUUGCAGAUCUUUCAGGAUUGCACCGAGCCUCCAGUGGGUACAGACACCUCGACUGCUCAGGGAGAUGCGAAGGGCGACGAAGGCCAAGUACCCGAUACUGUAGAGGUCCCUGCCAGCUCGCCGCCGGCAAGCCUGGGCAACGCCGUCGGGGUGACGGUGCUUUCUCAAACACCAGCCAGGCCGGCUCUCCAGCAGUUCUCUUACACCCCGAAGCCAGCAGCGGGUGCUGCCAGGAUGGCUUACGGACUGCCGACUCCUGUCUCGAGCGCACAUGAGCCGACCUCGAAUCAACCAGCACACCAACCUAUCGAUACCCCUACCCCCCUGCAGACUCCGCUACAGCGCAUGGGGGCGAACGCCUUGAAGAGACACGUUGGAUCGGCAAGGGCUGCAUCAUCUGCAUCCAAGGCGGCUGGUUCAAUGCAAGAGCCGAAGUCACCCAGAACACCUUUGGCUUCCUUGCCGGUAAACCCGGCGUUUGUCCCACUCCCGAGAGUUGAACUGGACGAAGUCGAGGCCCUGAACAGGCCUCUGGGCAGCGAGGAUCAAAUUAUUCCCGAUAGCGAUGGGGAGAACGAGGCCGAGCUGGAUGUCGACGAAAAGCGGCCGAGCCCAGCGAGGCGUUUGGACUUGUCGAGAUUUGUGUAUUCGUGA